UCCGCCUCCUAUAUUAUGGCGCCGUGCAGGCCGUCGUGUGCGUGCGUGGCCUCUCGAUCCAAAUUAACUAGCGCGCGCGAGAGCGAGCUAGCUAGCUAGCGGCCGAUCGAUCCGAUCACCACCACCAACCCGCCGCCUUGGACGCACACGCGCGAACCAGUGACAGCGCGUACGCACGCACUGGCUAGCUGCCUCCGAGCUAGCUACAGCCACCGUGCGCAAGGCCGGCCGGGGAGACUACGGUCGAGCUAGCUAGGCACGUCGUCCGCGUCCGGAGCCCCGCGCGCGCGCGCGCGCCGCCAGAACGAGCUAUCGGCCGGCCGAGCGAUGGGGAGGGCGCCGUGCUGCGAGAAGGUGGGGCUGAAGCGCGGGAGGUGGACGGCGGAGGAGGACGAGGCGCUCGCCGGCUACAUUGCCAAGCACGGCGAGGGUUGCUGGCGCUCGCUCCCCAAGAAUGCAGGGCUGCUGCGGUGCGGCAAGAGCUGCAGGCUGCGGUGGAUCAACUACCUGAGAGCCGGGGUGAAGCGUGGGAACAUCUCCAAGGAGGAAGAGGACGUCAUCAUCAAGCUCCACGCUACCCUCGGGAACAGGUGGUCCCUGAUCGCGAGCCACCUCCCGGGUCGAACGGACAACGAGAUCAAGAACUACUGGAACUCGCACCUGAGCCGGCAGAUCCACACGUACCGGAGGACGUACACCGCCGCCAGCGAGGCCGCCGUGACCAUCGACGUGACCAAGCUUCAGGCUGCAGGGAAGCGGCGUGGCGGCCGGACAGCUGGGCAGUCGCGGAAGGGCGACAAGAAGCGGGAGGAUGCCGAGCCGCGCAAGGCGGCUGCUGCUGCUGCGGCGGCGGCGGCCACCGAUGCCACGCCGCCGUUGCCGGCGUCGAGCCCGCCUCGCGAGCAGAGCGUCGAGGCGCGGAGCGGCAGCGUGGUGGUCGACCCGGAGCCGGAGGAGCCAAGCCAGCAGCCCAACAACAGCAGCGACAGCGGCACGCCCGAUGGGCCGUGCAGCGAGGAGACAACGACGGGCCCGAUGUCGCUGGACCCGAUGGAGAUAGGCCUCUGGGAGGCCGAGAGCGAGAUCGCCGAGAUGGAGGCCCUGCUGUGCGGCGGCGUCGCGCCCGACGGCGCCGGUAUACCGGGCCUCGAGCCGGUGGACGUCGCGGCCCAGGCGGACGACCUGCUAGACAUGGACUGGGACGGCUUCGCGGCCGAUCUGUGGGGUGAUCCGGCCCAGAGCGGCCUUGCCCGCGACGCAGGCGAGCCGAACGGCACGAUGGCCUGCUGCAGCUCGGACGAGCUCGAGUCGUUCGCGAGCUGGCUCCUCUCGGACUCGUGCUGAGCCUCACCGUGGCCAGCACAGCAAAGCUGUCGUCGUAGACUUGUACAAAUUUUUGCUAGCCAUUCAUAGUUUGGUAGUUGUGGCUUCCCUCUCUCGGUCUCUUGUGCGAUGGAGAGUCGUUUCCCUCACAUGUCAUGCAGGCUGUAGUGGAAAUCGGCAGGUUUCACGCCUGCUCCUGUGAAGUGUAGAGUGGACUUGUGAAGUGUAGAGUGGACACCUUUGAACCUGUUUGCACCUCUUGUGGAAAUGAAGUGAGCUUUGGCGUUGGGCUGUUCUG